CCUCCAUGUCCAAACCCCAGCCUCUCUCUAUAAAUAGAGCCUGUAAGCCUCGCUCAUUCCUUUGCAUAGCCUCUCCUAAAUCGUCCCCGGGGAUAACAUUCAUUUCGUGCUCUUUGCAAUCCUUCAGCGUCUCUGGAGCUACAGCGAAAAAAAUGUCGGAUUCAGGAGCUUUAAGUUCUGUUACGAAUGUGGGAGGAAGGCUAGAAAAGGCAAGAAUCAAAUCGACAAUGGAGCAGUACAAGAAGUAUCAUGGGGGGAAUGAGGGGACGAGAAAGGCCAACGCCGCUGACAUGGUAAACAAGUACUAUGAUCUUGUAACCAGAUACGUGGAAUAUACCUGGGGCGAAUCCUUUCACUUUGCAAGCAGAUGUAAAGGGGAGACAUUUCGAGAAAGCAUCAAGCGGCAUGAGCAUUUUCUUGCCCUGCAACUAGGCUUGAAAAGGGGAAUGAAGGUGCUCGAUGUGGGUUGCGGGAUUGGUGGACCACUACGGGAAAUAGCUAGAUUUAGCUUAACAUCCAUUACCGGUUUGAACAACAAUGAGUACCAAAUAUCAAGAGCCAAGGAGCUCAACCGGUUAGCAGGAUUUAGUGAAUCUUGCAAACUAGUUAAGGGUAACUUCAUGGAUAUGCCAUUCCCUGAUAAUACUUUUGAUGGUAUAUAUGCAAUAGAAGCAACAUCCUAUGCAACAGACCUGGUUGCCUGCUAUAAGGAGAUUUGCAGAGUACUUAAGCCUGGUCAGUGUUUUGCGGCCUAUGAGUUGUGCUUGACUGAUCACUUUGAUCCCAGGAAUGAAAAGCAUCAGAAAAUUAAGGCUGAUAUUGAACUUGGUUCUGGUCUCCUAGAUAUAAGAACUACAAGCCAAUGUCUUGAAGCCUUAAAGCUUGCUGGGUUUGAGGUUGUGUGGGAGAGAGAUCGUAGCUUAGAUUCCGAAGUGCCAUGGUAUUUGCCCUUCGAUGCGUUCAAACUCGCCAUAAAUAACUUCCGAUCAAUAGCCAUUGGACGUUGCAUUACUAGAUCUGUGGUUAGUAUGCUAGAAUUUGUCGGACUUGCUCCGGCAGGCAGUUCAAAAGUUCAUUCAUUCCUAGAAAAGGAUGGUGACGCACUUGUGGAAGGUGGAAGGGAUGAGAUUUUUACACCGAUGUACUUCUUCCUUGCUCGGAAGCCUCUUUCAAACUCUUGAGGAGCAAGAGGCAAAACCAGUUGUUGUCUUUCAAAGGUUUGUCAGCCGUGGCUUAGCUUGAUGAUUAGCGGGGAUUGGUUAUGAUUAUAUAUGUAUGUAUUUGUAUCCGUAUAUAUGUACUUCAGUUGUGGCCGAACAUUAUGUCAGCUUCCUCCUUACGAAAGUAUCUCUUUGAUUCCAUUAGCAUGUGACCUUUGUAAUUGUUAUCCACAAAGCAUAAAUGUGCUGAAAACCUAAAUUAAAGUUGGACCACGUUACAAAUUUUUAGA